UUUUAUGCGCGCAGAACGUACUUUAGAGUCGUCCUCUAGAUGGCUCUCCGGAGAAAUAAACUUUUGACAGAAAAGAGGAAGCUAAGUUUAUUAACGAUUAUUCAAAAUCACUUUAGAAAAUGUCUAUUGAAAUUGAAUCAGCUGACGUCAUUCGUCUUAUUCAGCAAUUCCUGAAAGAGUCGAAUUUGAUGAGAACUCUUCAAAUUCUCCAGGAUGAGACAGGCAUUUCUCUCAACACAGUCGACUCAGUUGAAUCAUUUGCCGAUGACAUCCUCAGUGGCCACUGGGAUACAGUUUUAAAAGCCACACAGUCUCUUAAACUUCCAGACAAGAAAUUAAUUGACCUUUAUGAGCAGGUUGUUUUAGAAUUGAUUGAACUUCGCGAGUUAGGAGCUGCCAGGUCAUUAUUACGGCAAACAGAUCCUAUGGCACUGAUGAAGCAGCAAGAACCUGACAGAUACUUAAGUUUAGAAAACCUACUGGCAAGAUCAUAUUUUGAUACCCGAGAGGCCUAUCCUGAAGGAAGCAGCAAAGAAAAAAGGCGAGCAGCCAUUGCUCAAGCAUUAAGUGGAGAAGUAUCAGUUGUACCACCGUCACGUUUACUUGCUCUACUUGGGCAAUCUUUGAAAUGGCAACAGCAUCAAGGACUAUUGCCACCUGGAACCAGUAUCGAUCUUUUCCGUGGUAAAGCUGCCAUCAAAGAACAGGAAGAGGAACAGCCACCUACACAGUUGACAAAACACAUCAAAUUCGGUCAAAAAUCUCACGUUGAAUGUGCCAAGUUCUCACCUGAUGGACAGUAUCUGGUCACCGGUUCGGUUGACGGUUUUAUUGAGGUCUGGAACUUUACUACCGGAAAAAUUCGAAAAGAUCUCAAAUACCAAGCUCAGGAUAAUUUUAUGAUGAUGGAAGAUGCUAUUCUCUGCCUGACCUUCAGUCGCGAUUCAGAGAUGCUUGCUAGUGGCUCUCAAGAUGGCAAAAUUAAAGUCUGGAAAAUUCAGACUGGCCAGUGUCUACGAAAAUUUGAGAAAGCCCAUAGUAAAGGUGUAACUAGCAUGCAGUUCUCCAAAGAUAACAGUCAGCUAUUGACAGGAUCGUUUGACAUGUCUGUCAGAGUACACGGUUUGAAAUCAGGCAAAACUCUUAAAGAGUUCCGUGGUCAUACGUCAUUUGUCAACGAAGCUAUUUUCACUGCCGAUGGACAUCAUGUAUUGAGUGCCUCGUGUGAUGGAAGUGUGAAAGUUUGGAGUAUGAAAUCGGGCGAGUGUGUUUCCACAUACAAAUCGCUGGGAGGCUCAUCCGGCGGUGAUUUAACAAUUCACACCAUCACGCUUCUACCCAAAAACCCAGAGCAGUUCAUCGUCAGCAAUAAAAGUAGUACCGUAGUUAUUAUGAACAUGCAAGGACAGAUUGUCAGGUCUUUUACGAGCGGUAAGCGCGAUGGCGGUGACUUCGUUUGCUGUACUUUAUCUCCGAAGGGCGAAUGGAUUUAUUGCAUCGGUGAAGACAUGGUUCUUUACUGUUUUUCAAUUGCAUCUGGCAAACUUGAAAAGACGUUGACGGUACACGAGAAAGAAGUCAUUGGCACUAGCCAUCAUCCACACCAAAAUCUUUUAUGUACCUACAGUGAAGACGGGUUCCUGAGAAUGUGGCGACCUUGAACACAUUGACGGAUCUAUUUCAAUGAGAAUAAAAUACAAGUGUCGUUUUUGUGAAA